AUUAUCGAUAGAACAUCAGUCACCAAUAUUCCAAGUAAUUCUUUUUUAAGAUAAUUUAUUUUGUAUCUUAUUAUUAGCUUGCAUUAAUUGUUAAAAACUGCAUAAUUCAAUAUUUCAAAACCAUUUUAAUGCGUAUAAAUAUCCAUGUAGCACAAAUACUAAAAAUACCGAAGUAAUUUCCAUUGCCUAAAAUAGAUCAAGUGAAGUUACAUCGCGGUCCUACCUCUACAUUUUACUGGACAGUAAAAAUAGAUAGGCUUGGAUAUUUUUAUUCCUCUCGUGGCUUUGUUUUGGUAAGAAUAUUAUGUUGUUUAUCUUUUUCAAAGGCUUAGUAUUAUUACUUAACAAUAACCGCCAUAAUGGUCACCUAAGUUCUUUUAGUCAGUUGAAAGCAACCUUGGAAACAUCUUUCGGAUCAGCCGGAUCUGAGGCGGUGAAGAGUUCUACUAUCGCUUAGCCACUAGUAAACGUUAGGGAAAUCUCCCAACCGAGAAUCGAGGGCGAUAUAACUUAGAGCUUGUCUACUUUAUUUUACACAAAUUCUAUUUUAAAUCGUGAAUCAGGGUUGGGGCUAAUUUUAACACUAAGAUGAAUGUAAAUAAAAUGUGGACACUAUUGUGGAAAACUCUCCGAAAACAAGUGUUUAGUUUAUUAAAUUAUCUACACUAAAAUGAAAUAGAAUAAAAGAAGGUAAUUCAAUAAGGAAAAGGCCCUAAGUUUAACUAAAGUCUAAAGACUAAUGCUACUCUAGACUAGGCCAAAUUUGAGUAGGCUACCAUUUUACUUAAAAGACUUUAGCUGAAGGAGAAAAAAAAGUCAUAUUUACAAAAUAUUGGCUAGGCCUAAAUUAAAAUGUUAACAUUGAGGCAGGGCCUAGUAAUAAUUUCUACUAGUGAAAAUUUAAAGAAACUGGAGCUGUGUGUGUCUAACUAAGUCUAUCAAUCAGGAAGGAUGAUUGUCACUUUCUUGUUAGUUAAAAUAAUAAAAUUUUACUAGACUAUAAAAAUGUUUUAGGGUCUUUAGCUGCCUUGUAUUUUUAAUCAUAAUCAUCUAAAGCUCAGCCUGGCUUAAGAAUUUAUAAUUACUAUGUAAUGCUAUGUCAUUGGUCCGGAUUUUAGGCCUAGGAUAAAAAAUACAUAACUCAAACAUGCAGUCAUAUUCAUAUACUUGGCUAGCCCAUAAAAAAUGAUAUAAUAAUAAUCAAAAUAUAUAAAGGCUAGAUUAGACUGCUGUAACUAAAAUUUGAUGACCUAGACCCAUUUACUAGGCUUAAGUUAUUGGACCAAGCCUUUUCAAUUUUUGCUGUUUAUUAUUUGGGCAUAUUAAUAAUAGUAUGAUGAUUAAAAUUAAAAUAUUUUAAAAUGUAUCCAACCUUGGCCUGAUUGAAAAUAAAAGAAAAAAAAGCUUUAAAUUUAUAAUCAGACUUUACCAAGCAAAUGUUUUUUUUAAUCUUUAUCUUACUCUCAUAAGAAUUGUGGCUGGCACAAGUUCAAAGUUGAGUUGUGUUUUUAUCUAUUAUUUGUUAACCCUGCCUAAUUUCUUUUCAUUUUCCCCUACUUAUACUUAGAUCACAAACAUUUGAAUAAUUGCAGUUUUGAUUGAAUAGUUAGGAUGCGUUGUUGAUAUUUAUAUAUCUUUUGGACUUCAUUAUAAUUAUAUUAUUAUCCUUUGCUGCUUACAUCUGAAAUAUAGUUAUAAUAUACAAUAUUUAUAUUUACUAAAUUUAUUUUACAGCUACACCUGAAAAAAGCAUGGGCCGAAAAAAGAUUCAGAUUGCUCGUAUAAAUGAUGAGAGAAACAGACAGGUUUGCCUUUUUUAAAUUCAGAGUAACCAAAUUUUAAAAUUAUUUACCCGUAAAUGAUUGGUAUAAGUAUAAGAUAUAUAUAUAUAUAAAGUCCUCUACUUCUUAUAUAAAAAAAAAUUAUGUUUACUUGUGCCUAUAUGUUUUUUUUUAUUUUGCACAUAAUCUUUUCUAUAUUGUCUAAUCAUCUUCUACAUUUACUCCUUUAAAUAGGUCACAUUUACAAAGCGGAAAUUCGGGCUGAUGAAAAAGGCAUAUGAACUAAGUGUCUUGUGUGACUGUGAAAUUGCUCUCAUCAUAUUCACCAGCAAUAACAAAUUAUAUCAGUAUGCCAGUUCUGAUAUGGACAAAGUGCUCCUUAAGUACACAGAGUAUAAUGACUCUGUAGUCAGUCAAACCAACAAAGAUAUCGUUGAUGUAAGUUUUCUGUGUGUUGAAAUAUUAAUAUUUUUUAAACUUAAUAUUUAUAUUUAAAAUGUAGCAGGUAUAGAGAGAUAUUUUAAUAAAUUUAAAAAAACUGGGGGUUUUUUAGGGGGGGGGGGGGGUGUUUUCAAUCUUUUUUUAUUUUUUAAAUAAUUAAAUAACAAAAUCUUUUAAAUCAUUAAAUAACAAAAAUUCUUUAUCAAAAGCGUCUUUUCCUAUGGUAUGACAAACAAUUCUGAAUUAUAACAGAUACAUCUAUAAACAUUACCAGGAUUAUGUUAUUAGCAAAUGUUUGUCAACUUUUUAUUCAAUCUGCAAUUAUUGUAAGUCAGCUUUAAAUAAUUUUUUUGUCAUAAAUACAAAGGGGAUUUUCUUGUUCCCAAAUGAUGGCCCGAAUUUUAAAAAUGGUGUUGUUAACAUGUAUUAUUUUGUAACUGAUUUGAACUGUUUUCCAGAUGUUGAGCAAAAAGGAAAUUAAAGGUGGUGACAUGGAUGGGGAUGAUGAUGAUUAUCCACUUUCACCUCGCACUGAUGAAAAAUAUCGCAAUAUUGAUGCAGCCUUUGCAAGAGCUAUGAAUGAUACAGCAGUAAAGGUGAGUAUUUAAUUUUUUUUUUUUCAUUCUAUCUUCAAUUAAUAUUUGUUUAAAUUUUCAUAGAUUUUCUUCUUUGCAAAUACAUAUAAAAUUGGGUUAAAAUUUAAAUUUUCAGCUCACAAUUUAUAAAUUCAAUAAAAAUCUUUAAUGAAGUGAAGUCUCAUUUAUACACUUGCAGCUAAUUGUGCUAAAUCCAAUAUUUAUAAUAUAUUGUGAUAUUUACAUGUGAAAAGGCUUUAAAUUUUAAAAUUAAUUAGAAUGUUUUUAUUUACUUUAAAUGCUUUUGGUGAUUUCAAUAUUAUUUUAGGAAUAGUUUCAAAAUUGCUUUUCUUUCUCCCCGAAAUCUGGAUUUAUCUAUGUAUUAUUUAUUCAUAACCUAAACUUAUCUAGAGUACACAGUCUUUUGAUGUAAGUCUUGUUUCAUAACUGAAAUUAUUUAUUUUAGAAAACUGAAUUCAUGUAAUCAGAGGACUUCCUUUUCUUCCUGUAAAUAUUCAUUUAGCUCAGUAGAAAUUUUUUUAUAAUAAUUUGUUUAUGUCUCUAUUAUUAAGCCUAUUCAGCAAACACAGCAAGUGUACCAGUUACCUGUUCAAGUUUCCACAAGCCAAUAUACUACAACCCCAACAAACAUGGGUGGAGGAUCAGUUAUAGUCUUUCAACCUCCUACACAAGCACAAAGCCCAUCUGGUACGUAUGUUCACUUAUGCAUACAUGUAACUUGUAUUACUUUUUAACCUCACCAUCUGUAUGACACUGGAUAAAUAUUGUCAGUUAGGCCAAGUUUCAUCAACCUCCCAUAAUUUCUUUACUCAAAAAAUUUUUUUUCGCGCUAAUUUAAACAUUAAAAAAUUCCAAAUAUUUCUUUAAUGUUUUGCAAAAAUGUUUUUUUAAAAAAAAAGAGAGAAUUUUUAAUUUUAAACUCUUCAGCCAUUGAUUUAGGGGAAUUCUUUUACAUAGCAUUAUCAUAUAAUCAUACUUUUCUCAUUGAUGACAUUGGGAUAUUUGAUAAUUGACUUAUAGUUCAAUAAAUUUAUGACUGAAUGAAUAUCCUCUGUUUUAUUAUCUUGGGAGAGUUGUCUUUCCUCUUAUACGUUUCAAAUAUUGCUUUCGGGGAUGGGGAGUGGUUCUUUAACAGAACAGCAGCAAAUGAGCAUAUUUAGCUAUGCUGGUUGUUUGUGUGUGUCUGUCAGGAAGCCGAGUAAGUCCAGCCCCAUCUGGUGCUUCCCUGUUAGCUAGCAAUCAAACCACCUCGGCGGCAAGCACUUCUCAGCCUGUACCAGUUGCCUUACACCAUGUUACAGAUUUCAACCCCACGGUUGUAGCCUCUACGUCCAAUCAGACCGUCACAGUCGCGGCCACGCCCGGGAAGAGGCCAGGUCUAAAGGUUCUUAUACCAGAAAGAUCACAAGCUGUUACCCAGGUAUGGGAUGUGAGAAAUUCG